AUGUUUUCAGAAGGUGGUGUUAAACCGAAUAUGGAAUUGGAAGCAGGAGCUUUGAACUCAAAGACGAUGAGUAACAAAAAACUUUGCAGCAAAAGUAUCAUGUUUAAAGUUGAUAAAAUUGAUCUGAGCAAUUUGGAUGUGAUGCUGGAAAAGCACUUGAACAAAAUUUUCCCUAAGAGCGUUGUGGCAAGAAGGCCUUUAGAGUCAUGGGAGAUUGAUUUGGCCAAAUUGGAUGUUCACUAUUCUGUAGCUAAUGGAGGCUAUGGCACUGUCUACAGGGGUUCUUAUGACAGUCAAGAUGUUGCAGUCAAAGUCUUAGACUGGGGUGAGGAUGGUGUUGCGACUGCUGCUGAAAUUUCUGCUUUACGGGCAUCAUUUUGGCAGGAGGUUACUGUGUGGCAUAAACUUGAUCAUCCAAAUGUCACAAAAUUUAUUGGAGCUUCAAUGGGAACUUCAAACCUUAAGAUGCCCUUACCAGCCGUUGGUCGAAAUCCUCCUUCGAAAGCAUGUUGUGUUAUUUCUGAGUUUCUUCCUGGUGGCACAUUGAAGCACUACUUGUCUAAGAAUAAGAAGAACAAACUUCCAUACAAGGUUGUGAUUCGGCUGGCUUUGGACCUCGCUAGAGGCCUUAGUUAUCUACACUCAAGGAAAAUUGUUCAUCGCGAUGUGAAAACUGAUAAUAUGCUGCUAGAUGCAAACCAUAAUUUGAAAAUCGCUGAUUUUGGAAUUGCUCUUGAUGCUACAAAUGGAAGUGAGUUGACCGGUGAAAGUGGAACCUAUGGAUAUAUGGCACCAGAGGUUUUGAAUGGCAAGCCUUACAACAGAAAGUGUGAUGUCUAUAGUUUUGGCAUUUGCUUGUGGGAAAUUUAUUGCUGUAAAACGCCUUAUUCAAAGCUAAGCCUUGUUACAGUGUCAUGUAUAUCUUUUAAUCAGCAUUUACGACCAGAGAUUCCAAAAUGUUGUCCAAGUGGUUUAGCAAACAUCAUGAGAAAAUGCUGGGAUUCAAAACCAGAGAGGCGUCCAGAAAUGCAUGAGGUGGUGAAAAUGUUGGAAGCAAUAGAUACAAGCAAGGGAGGUGGAAUGAUACCAACUCUCAGAAACCAUCAUGGAUGUGGAAAUCAAGACAUAAGUUGUAGUUUGCAAUUUGACUUUUCAUGGCUCUAA